UACGGUUGUCUGAAGAUUUAGUAACAGUUCCACUCUCGUUUAGCCUCGGAUAUCCCUUGCAAGCUCCCCGUCAACGGUUCAUCACUACCUAUUUCCAAACAAGCUAGUUUGCCCCAGUCAUACCAACACAAUGGCCAGUCAACAAGCACCCAGCCAAUCCAAAUCAAUUGACGAGUAUCGAGCGUUAUACAAAACAUAUCUGGAACACUGCAACGCUCACAACUUUGAAGCGAUGAGAUCAUUCUACGCGUCCCCUCUUGUCGUCAACGACAAACCAAUAACCCCAGAAGAAGCAACGUCUUCCUUCCAACCCAUGAUCGACGCAUUUCCCGACUGGCACUGGAACCUGCGAAACCUCACCAUCGAAGGCGACUAUCUUUCCCUUCUUUUCAAAGUCACGGGAACUCACAAGGGGGACUUUCGAGGCUACAAAGCCACCGGCCGCAGAAUGGAGACGAAUCAAUUCACGCUGUACCAUGUCGUCGAUGGAAAAUUUGCCCAAGUCUGGGACCUGGUUGAUUUCGAUACCUUGAUUGCACAGAUCAAAUAGAGGAAUUAUAUGGCAGAUCGCUUUUAGUCAAGUUUGAACAAUGGUAUUCUUUGUUUCAGUUUUCCCG